AAUCCUGAUCGCCCUUUCUUCCCUCCACCACCCUCGCUCGCUGCUGCCACUGUUUCUCUGUUCUGCCUGUUCAUCUUGCAGAACAACCUACUAACCACAAUGGCCCCGCAGGUCGAUCCCAAAGAUGCUCCCUUUCCCACCAAGCAGCUCAUCAUCGUCGGAAUAUGCCGAUUUUCCGAGCCUCUCGCCUUCAAUUCCAUCCUCGCCUACUCCUUCAUGAUGACCAAGGAUCUCGGCAUCGCAGACAAAGACGCCGCCUUCUUCUCCGGCCUCCUCUUGUCCGCCUACGCUGUUGCUGAAGCCAUUACCGCUUUGGGCUGGGGUGCCAUCUCCGAUGUUUACGGUCGCAAGCCCGUCGCCCUCAUUGGUCUGGCCGGUGUGGCCGCGAGCAGCAUCAUGUUCGGCAUGGCCAAGACGUACUGGGUAGCCCUCCUUGCGCGCUUCAUCGGAGGCGCCUUGAACGGCAAUGUCGCCAUCAUGCAGACCAUGGUCGCCGAGAUGGUGAAGAACCCAGAGCAUGAGCCUCGCGCCUAUGCCACCCAACCCUUCGUAUGGACCCUCGGCGGCAUCAUCGGCUCUGCCAUGGGCGGCUUCCUCGCUCAACCCGCAAAAUAUUAUCCAAAUACCUUUUCCGAGGAUGGCCUUUUCGGUCGCUACCCGUACCUUCUCCCCAACCUUGUCGCAGCCGGUGGCAUUGUGCUCGCCAUUAUCCAGGGCAUGCUUUUCCUCGAGGAAACCAACGCCGGCAUCUAUGCUCAAGAUGCUGCCGAGACAGUUAACCCCGCGGAUGAGGUCAACGAGCGAGCACCGCUUCUCCAAAAUGAGGGACGUGUUCGAGACCGUGGCUCCAUGUCUUUCCGAGGCGCCCGAGCCCGCGACCGCGAGUCCAUGUCAUCUGCUGUCCGAGGUCGCGAUCGGUCCAUGUCGGUUCUCAUCACUGACGGUCUCCGCCAAAUCCGCAAGAAGCCGUCCUUCAUGGAGGAGGGUAUGCCCAUGCCCAUCGACACUCACUUUGAUAUUCGCCGAUCCUCUUUCGCUACCAUGCACAGCAUCAAGAUAGCGCCUCAUGAGAUUUUGCCUACCAUCGUCCCACCGCCUUCUGAGCCCCCGCGCAAGACGUUCAACUACACUGUGAUCAUGAUCACCCUCUCCCUGACCAUCAUCGCGUGGCACCAAAUGGCAUACAUCACCAAUUUGCCCAUCUAUCUUCUCGACGAUUCCUACUCAAGUGGCAUCGAUUUCAAGGGCGGCCUGGGACUGGAUCUCCACGAUGUAGGCACUUUCCUCGCCGUGAACGGCUUCAUAGCCCUCUUCAUCCAAGGUGUCAUCUUCCCCUUCUUCGUCGAAAAGGUCGGUGUCUGGGCCUCGUUCGUUAGCAUGAUCGUCCUCUAUCCAACCACCUACCUCAUCAUCCCCUUCAUCUCCGCGCUUCCCCCGGCCCUGGUAUCACCCGGCGUUUACCUUUCUCUUAUCCUGCAGGGCUUUUAUGGCAUUAUCGUCUUCCCCUGCGCCCUUAUCAUGCUCAAGAAUGCGACGCCCUCUCCGCUGGUCCUUGGUCGUGUCAACGGUGCCGCCAUGAGCGCCUGCUGUUUGGCCCGUACGCUCUCGUCCCCCAUCGUCGGAUCCACAUACGCCCUCGGUGGAAGCGCCGCAGCUUGGUUUUCUCUUGCUGGCGUAGCGUUUCUCGGUGUCUUCCAGCUCUACUUCAUCCCUAACGAGCUGAAGAGCAGCCAGGUCAAGGUGGACAACGGGUGGAAGGAUGUCAUUGGCAAUCACAACGAAGACCAUCAUGACAACGUCUUUGAUGAUGGAGACAGUGUCAUGGGAUCAGUCAUGGAGGAAGAGUAA